GUGCGCAAGGUGAUGGAGAACCGCUCAUUCCAAGAUGAAGAGCGUGCGAAUACGGUAGAAUCACAACUCAAGGAAGCGCAAAUGCUUGCCGAAGAGGCUGAUCGCAAAUACGAUGAGGUGAUUUCAACUUCCCAAAAACAACCAUUUAUGUCCGUUCGAGUGACUGACUUGACGUCCGAGAGACGGGUAUUCGGAACGCAGUGA